AUGCCCAAGAAAUGUAAGCCAAGGAGAAACACUGGUGAAAUGUCAUCAAAUUCGACUUCUCUUGCGCUGGUAAGAUCAUCCUCUUCUACUCAGUCAACUAAGAGCAAUACUGAUAAGUGUCUUUCAGUCAACAGUCAAUGGGAUAUUAAUCUCCAAAACUCGAUAGCCAUGCAGAGGAAACUAUUUGUAAACCUCAGCAUCAUGGAAUACAAUCUGGCUUAA